AUGGGGAAACUAAUACCCAAUGCCUUCAAUCUGGCGGUUGUGAUCUUCGUGGCCCUGGGAUCAACCGCCUGCUCGUAUGGAAUGGCCAUUAUUGGCUCCACCAUUGGCCAGCCUAGCUUUUACAGAUCACUUCACCUUGCUCCUCAAGGAGAACCUGGAUACGGUCGUACUGCUGAAUAUAUCGGUGCUUUCAAUGGUGUGAACUCGGCAGGAUCUGCCAUUGGCGCCGCCGCUUGUGCAUAUUGUGCAGAUAAGUGGUCGCGCAAGCACACCAUUCAGGUCGCUGCCAUUAUCCUCGUAAUUGGGGCCGCCAUUUGCGCAGGAUCGGUCAACAAUGCAAUGUUCCUCGUAGGACGUGUUAUCAACGGGUUGGGAAUUGGUGCUCUUGUCACAGCCAUCCCAAUGUACCAAGCGGAGGUGUCAACUCCUGAAAGCCGAGGAUUCAUGGUGUCAAUGCACGGGGUGAUGUUCGCCAUGGGAUACACGCUCUCUGCCUUCAUCGGGUUCGGCGUCUCCUUCAUCUCUUCCGGUGGAUCCCCCUCUUCGUUCCCUUGGCGCUUCCCUAUCGCGUUCCAAAUGGUUCCAGCCUUGCUUUUGCUGGUCGGCUCACCUUGGCUGCCUUAUUCGCCGCGUUGGCUCCUCAUGCACGAUCGCCAGGACGAAGCCCACGAAGUCAUCAAACGCCUACACCGGACAAAGAACGAUCCCCAUGACUCUCUUGCCCGCAAGGAGUUCUACCAGAUGAAGAAGCAAGUCGAACUGGACCGUCAAAUCAGUGCUACGACUUCAAGGUGGGAGAUCUUCAAGACACCAGCGAAUCGCAGGCGCGCUCUGGUGGGCUUCGUUUUGAUGUGGAACAACCAAUUCACUGGUGUCUUGAUCAUCGCAAACUAUGGUGUCAUCCUGUACCUCCAGCUAGGCAUGACGGACUUCUGGCCUUUGUUGUUGAGCGCGUUCUGGGUGUUGUCUACAUUCCCUGGAAACAUCUUUUGCGCCUUCUUCGUCGAGAGGUUUGGUCGCAGGAAAUUUUUGCUCAUCGGUUUGACUGGCAUCCUUGUCUGUCUGAUCUGCGAAAUCGCCAUCCAAGCGACUUACCUUGGUACCGACAAUCGUGUGGCUCUAAACUUCGGCGUCUUCUUUAUAUUCCUGUUCAUCACACCAUUCUGGAGCACCUUCAUAGAUGCCUCACAAUUCCUCUACGUCUCGGAGAUCUUCCCAACGCACAUCCGCAGCCAAGGCAUGGCCGUGUCCAUGUGUGGCCUGUACCUUGCCGAUAUUAUCCUCCUUGUCGCCGGGCCAAUCGCGCUCAACAAUAUUGGUUGGAAAUUCUUCUUGGUCCUCAUCAUCCCUACAGCGCUACACAUUGUAUUCGUGUUCUUCAUGUGUCCUGAAACCAAAGGGCGAAGUUUGGAGGAUAUCAAUGCGCAGUUCGGCGAACAAGUCGCCAUCCACUACUACAACGCGACCGAUGCAGAGAAGGAAGAAUUGGAGAAAGCAGCGCAACAGGAUGAAGAGGAGGAAGCGCAAAAGACUAGGACCAGUCUCGGUGAGAAGACUGCUGAGGACGUCCAGGAGCGCGAGGUCAUCGCCGCGAACAAGGCUUGA